AAUAUUAUUGGAAUGUUUGGAGAGAGAGAGAGAAAAAAUACAUAAAGGUUGAUACGCGUAGUCCCGACACAAGAAAACAGGACUGAAGGUUGCUUUCUUGAAGAAAUAGUGGAAACACUCCUAGUGGCGGCGCGCCGCUGGAAUAUAGUGUUGCGGUUUUUCUUGUGCGGAAAUGUGAACAUUUUUGGAGUACAAGGGGAAAUUCAAAGGCGAUUAGCGUGUGCCGUUGGUCGACGGUGAAAAGGGUCAGAAGGCCUGCCAGUUGCGACAUGGCGGGUUUUCGAGAAGAGGAUAAAGCACUCUUCCCGAUCCAAAGCAUAUCCUCGAUCGUCCAGAUCUUCCAAAAUCAGCUGGAAAAUAGCUCUGAGCCAGACCUCGCGCUACUUUCAAUCCUCGUCGGUGCUGUUGAGAAUUCCCUAACCUGUAACCGGACAUUUACGCCGCAGGAGAACACUGUUUACGACGAGCCUAAAUUGCCGGCCGUCGAGUAUCAUAUAGCUGAAGCGUUAUAUACAAAGUUUCAUGCUGUUAUCAAAGGAGCUGUCGAUUUAACAGUUUACGACACCAAAUAUGCUACGAGAGAGCUUAUCAAGAAAGUUUCGGACGUUAUAUGGAACUCCUUAACGAGAAGCUACUACAAAGAUCGAGCUCAUCUACAGAGUCUCUACAGUUAUCUUACUGCUAACAAAUUAGAUUGUUUUGGAGUGGCUUAUGCAGUAGUUGCAGGGUGUCAGGUGUUAGGAUUUAAAGAUGUUCAUCUUGCCAUGUCAGAGGACCAUGCAUGGGUUGUAUAUGGAGAGCAUGGUUCUGAAACUGCAGAGGUUACAUGGCACGGGAAGGGAAACGAGGAUAAACGUGGGCAACCCGUUGAACCUGGUGUAGCUUCUCGAUCGUGGUUGUAUGUAAAUGGUCAGGCAGUUGUAUGUUCUCGUGCUAUGGAAGUUGCCACAAUAGUAUCUGCUAUAAAUCCUAGUCUAAGUGCGACAGCUGAUGCAGCAGAAGUAGCAUUGCUCCAACAAGAAUUAUUAUGGUUACUCUAUGAUUUGGGUCAUCUUGCAAAAUAUCCUAUGGCGCUUGGCAAUUUGGGUGAUUUAGAAGAGGCAGCACCAACGCCAGGAAGACCCCCAGCAAUAGAUUUAUUUCAGGAAGCCGUAAGAUGUGCCAGAAAGUAUUAUGGUAAUGCACACGUUUAUCCAUAUACUUAUCAAGGUGGAUAUCUCUAUAGACAUGGAUUACAUGCUAAUGCUCUAGCGUCUUGGUCUGAUGCUGCAGACGUAUUGAGAAAAUACGACUAUUCGCGGGACGACGGAGAAAUAUAUAAGGAAUUAUUGGAAAUCGCCAACGAAUUAAUACCUCACACGGUAAGGGCCGACGAGCGACUGUUACGACAGCCACGAUGUUUCGUCUACCUUCUAAGAUUUUACGACGGUAUUUGUCAAUGGGAGGAAGGGGCAAAUACUCCUGUUCUGCACAUAGGUUGGGCACGACCAUUAGUGAAUACAAUUUCUAAAUUCGAUGCUUCGAUUCGUGCUCAGGUUGUCAUUGAGUGUUACGAUAUGGAAACAAAGCAAGAGGAAGAGAAGAUGCAAAAGAGAGAAACCAGUCCCGAUGAGACUCUUAACAAUAAUAAUAAUAAUUAUUGUAAAACGAAGGAGAGAGGUAGUGCUGCACGCGAUUUAAUCAAAAGUUUAGAGUCUAAAGUACCGGCCAAUCCAGCACCGAUGCAUCCCAGUAUUCAAGCAUUGACAGCUGCUUGCAGUGAAAAAAUCCUCAAUAGAGAUUAUUUACUGCAAGGUGGUGGCGAACCUUUCGUCGCACCUCCUGAAGAUGCCUUACCGCCAGCACCAUCAACAUCUCAGGAAAGUCUAGAUCCCGAAGAGGAGGUAGAUUCGGAAAACGAAAGGCCAAGAAUAACGUUGUACAGUCAGAAAAUGAAGGGCCUCAAGGAUCUUCUGUUAGCUGAGAAAUUAAACACGCAUGCUAUUUCGUUGCAAUUAACCGCACAAAGUCAGGUACAAAUAGGUAAGAAGUCACGCGGUAGCGACGAGGUAGGAGUCAACCAACGUCCCAAAAGGACGCGACGGGACUAGUAUAAGAUCUUUGACCACCGUUUUGGUUUGGUUAAGUAUUGAACAACACGUUAACUCCGUUCUAUAUUUCGUCUUUUAUGAACGACGAAGAAUAACGGGAAACGUGAUUAAAAAUACAUAACGGUGGUCUAUACUUGCCGGCGAAAUGAAUGAAAGAAAGAAAAAAAAAAGAAGAAACAGAAAUUAGAAGGAAAAAGUCUUCGCCCUAAUAGUUUCCUUUUUUUUUUUUUUUUUUUUUUUUAAUGAAUUCUCGAAGUGUUGAAAACCCUUCCUCGAAGAUCUUGAGUAGUUUCUCGAAUGAGAAAAAUCGUAAUGAUUUCUCCGUGGUUGGCUUUUGAACAUUCUCUCAUUUAAACUUCGAGACGAUGGGAACUUUGUCGUUUUAGAGAUAGGUAUAGUAGAUAUGAACAAAAUUUAUAGAAAAGUACAAAAAAGUUCUCCCCCAUCCCACCCUUUUUAUUUAAGUUAAAUACCAAUAAUCGCGGGUACUUGAGUAUUUGAGUCUUCGUGAAAAGAAAAGAAAAAAAAGAGAUAAAAACGAAGGUAUUUUACACGCCUUAGACGCGUGUAUUCUUUCAUUCUUCCACGGUGUUAGAAAAAAAAAGUAAAAGUAAAAAAGAACAAAACAAAAAGAAAAGAAAAAUAAGAAAUAGAAAUCUUUCCUUAUUGCACGGUGAAGAAAAAGAAGAAAAAAAAGAAUUAAUCGAAUAUCGUACCUAAUCCUAUUAUUAUAGGAAAUUCAGAUUUUUUCCUUCAGUACGAUUAUUUAUUCUAUUAACGACAUUAUGAUUUAUCGAUGCGCGAAUCGAUCGAUAUUCGGUAUUCGUCGUUUCUUAUAUGUCUAACUUUCUUGUUGCACUCUUAUUUAUUGAUUCACGUUUUUUCUAUUGAAGCUAUUGCACUAUGAAUGAUUACAAUUGACAAGUUGUCGUUAAUGUUUUUUAAAUAGUAGUUGAAACUUUUGUUAGAAUUACGCUUCUAUGGUCUAGUAAGAGAAACCACACAUUCCACUCUGUACGUGGUGCAAACUAAUUAAGUUUUACCUAAGGUAUUUUAAGCAUAAAAUGCUCGCUUAUUUUUAUAACUAUUUAUUUUCAGAAGUAAUUAUAAGUACCUAUUCGUAGUACUCCGUUUGGCUAUUUUUCGAUAGGGUAGGACGAACAUAGAUACGGUGCGCUAUAUCUACGGUUUGAUCUAUAUUCGAUUAUUCGUAUAUUCGAAAUAUGUUUUAAUUAUGGAGAAAUUUUAAAUACUUGCGACAAAAUUUCCACACAUAAACGAUGAAUGAUGAUAAUUUUUAUUCUUAAAAUCUUUACUCUUCGUCGUGUUUUAUAAAUUUGAUAUAUGUAUAUAUAUAUAUACAUAUACACGCGCUCGUCGUCGCAAGUCAAAUUAAUAUAUUAUCCGGCAGCUUAUAGCAGCUGACGAUUUUUAUUAUUAAUUUAACGAAUUAUAUUUUAAAUCUUUUUAAUUUUUUAUUAUUGAUAAUAUUAUUAUUAUUUUUAUUAUUGGUUUUCUUUGUUUUUAUAUCUAUUGUGACAUUAUUGACUUUUCCGUAGUGCUAACGUCACACGUUUCUUUGUUUAUUUUUUGUUUAUUUUUUAUUUUUUAAUUUUAUUUUUAACGCGUAAUAUUAUGGUCAUAGUGGCAUGACCCGAAUCAUUUUAUCGAACACAGUACCUUCCUAACAGUACUAUAUUAUUAGUUUCUCCUAUCCUAAUUACCUCGAAUCUUGAUGGAUAUUGCGGAUAUCCAAGUACGUAAUAAAUAAUCGCAUCGACUUUGAUGUUAAGAAAACGAAAAUGAAGAAAGAAAGGUAAAAAAAAAGAAGUAAACGAAAAAGCAGAAAUAUGACUAAAGAAUUAUUUGACAAUGUUUAGACAGGUUGUUGUAGAGUACGUUGUUGACAGGAUGAAUAUAAAUGGUUCGAGCAGAUCGACGAUCACUUAAAUAAUGAAAGGCGCUAUCUUACUGUGAUGCUGAAUAUAUACUAUAUAAAUAUAUAUAUAUAUAAAUAUGAAUAUAUAUAUAUAUAUAUAAUUAUACAAUUAAUAAUCGUAAUAACUAACAGGCACCCUGACAAUUGCAGAAUUUGUUCUCUCACUUUCGUGGAGAAAAAAGGAAAAUUCUCUGCGUCGUGCUGAAUUAUUAAAAUGAAAUAAGAAAAAAUAAAUAAAUGAAUAAAUAAUAACAACAGCAAACAUGCUAAUAAUAAAAAAAAAAUUAGAAAUGAUUACAAUAACAAUGUAAUUAUUGCGGAAACGUGAGAUAUCGAUAUUCGACGUGAUAUCAAUUAUGUCGUCCGUCGAUCGUCUGCCGUGCUUGCCGCAGCUAAAAUCGAUCUUUUUGGGUGUAUGUAUAUAUACACAUUUUUUUAUAUCUUUCUUUCGUUUUCUUUUUUCUUUCUCCAAAUGAAAAAUAGUAUGUAUACGUAUAUAUGUAUAUAUUUAUCGUUCUUGGUGCAUAAGUUAGGAUCGUACCCUUUUAGCAGGCGACGCACGUCAGAAUCAACGGCAUGUUUUUUCUCUGACACUGUAUCGAUGCAUAUUUCUCCUAACGUUUAUCGAAAGUUAACAUAUAAAAAAAAAAAAGAAGAAAAAAAGAAAGAAAAAUUAAAAAAAAAAUCACAAUGGAAGUAACGUGCGUGUUACGAGUUAAAAAAAAGAAUACAUGCGUAUAGUCAUCGCACGCUCGUAUAUGUAUAUAUAUUUAUAUGGAUGUUAUACAUUUACGAGAGAGUUGAUCGCUUGUUUUCUUUCAAUUUCUUCUUAUCAUCGUUUUUUAUAUAUGUAUAUGUAUAUAUGAUUUACUUGGCAGAUGCAAGUUCGAUUUUUUCAUUUCCCUAUUUAUCAGUAAUUGAGAAAAACAAAAAAAAAAAGAAGAGAAGAAAUAUUGUUCGUUUUAUCUAAACCAUCAAUGAAUUAUAUUUUUUGAUAAAUCACAUAAAAUAUUCUUCGUUUAAUCGUAAAACUUCUUUCGUCGAAAAAAAAAGAAAAGAAUGGGGAAAAUAAUAAUAAAUAAAGGUAUAAAAAAAUAGAAAAUUAAGAGAACUUAUGAUAAACGAAUUGUAAAUCUUCUUUUCUGCGCCAUUUACUAAUGACGCGUAUGCGUAUCUAGUAUUUUUUGUUUUUAUUUUUAUUUUCGUUUUCAUUUUCAUUUUUAUUUUGAUGAUAUAAAAAGAGCGAUUUUUAAAGAAGACUACAGGGAUUAUUAUGCAUAAUUAUAGGAAUAGUAAGAGAAGAAUUAUGGUGCAACAGAACAGUAUUUUUAUAUUAGCGGGGGCGCGGAUUUGUCCUCUUCUCAACUUAUUAUUGGUAAUAUUUGAACGUAGAGUCAGAUGAUUAUUGCGCGACAUUUUCUUAUUGAUCUACGUAGAAUGGAGUUGUGCGUUAAAAAAAUUAUAAAAUACAAAAGUAAAGAAAAUUUGAAAAAGAAAAAAAGAAAAAAUCGCUCGUGAUGCGCGAAUCAGUGCUGAAUGAUAAUGAUGAUUAUGAUAAUUAUUAUACCGAUUAUGAUGAUGAAAAUGAUGAUUAUGAUGGUGAUGAUUAUGAUAAUGAUGAUAAUGGUGAUGAUGAUUAUGAUGGUAGUAAUGAUGAUGGUGAUGAUGAUUAUGAUGACGGUGGUGGUAAUGAUGAUUAUGAUGAUUAUAUGAUUAUUUAUUGAUAAAUUAAUUCUUAAGAAAAGUUCGUAACACGAUUCGUAAAUGUUUAUAAAACUAUUAUAUGUAUAUUAUCGAGCAUUUCGAUUACAGAUGAAUUAAUAUUAUUCGCUGGCAAAACUCGAGGAAAGGAAGGAUAAGAAGAAAGAGUGUUCUUGGUAAUACGCGCACGAAGGAUGGAUUAUUAAUGAAUACGAUAAAAUAGAAAAAGAAAGAAGAAGAAGAAAAAGAGAUCUCCGAUCAUCGUCUUUUCGCUCUCUCAAAAGAAAAGAGAAAAGAAAAAAUAUUCACGGACAAAUAAUUCAUUUUCCUGUAGUGCUUUUUGAUUUUCGAUUUUCGUUCGGAGAAAAUAUUAACAAAGCCUUCGAAAAUGUGUUAUUUGAAAUUAAGGAAAACAAAAUAAUUACUAACAUACGCAAAAAAAAAGAAACACAUUAUUUACAUACACUACAUUGUAAAACACACUAGUUUAAUAUCUAUUUUUUUUUUCCUACUCCUCUCUUUCUCCCUCUCCUCUCUAUAUUUUUCACGUAUCAAUUUACUAUCUUAUUCCGUAUGUAUUUGCAAUGUUAUUACGAUGAACAAGAGAAACCAUUUUCUAAUGUAAACCUUUUUCUAAUCUUUAUCCAUGUUUAUCCUGUAUUGUUUAAACAAUAUACACUCACGAUGCUAUCUUGCCUUUAAGUUUUAUCAUGACUUCGAGUCAUAGUUCGUAAGAGUAGGUUUUGCCAUGUGCGCUAAAAAAAAUAAUUCAAUAAUUAAAAAGAUACAAGUCCGAAAAAAUGAUUGUUCUCCAUCCAUCCUCCGUAGGAAGAAAAAAAUGAUAAUAAUAUUAAUAAAAAUAUAUAUAAAAGAACAAUUGAUAUCGCACGAUCGAGUAUAAUAUCUGCUAUCAUAAAUGAAAUUUUACCUACCAUGGUAGUGCCAUAACAAAACGAUUGUAUACUUCGAAUGCGUCUGUAAUUGUUAAUUGUACAUACAUACAUAUACGUAUCGUACGAAAUUUUCUCAGCAAAAUAGUCUUUCGUUUUUUUCGUUCUGCAAACUAUUCCAACACCUCCGCUAUAUUAUUUUUUUAGCGCACAAGAGUAUUAAGAUUUAUUUAACCCUCUAUAACGCGCACUAUGAUUAUCAUAUAUCCGUAUUAUAUUAUAUAGUUCUUUUUUUUUUCCUUUUUUUCACUGAGAUUUUAUUUUUUAUAGUAAGUUUUUUGUAACAUACGAAAAUGCAACGAAACAUUUCCGUAGCAAUGAAACAUACAAUUAUUAAAAUUGACAUCGAUAAUUUUAUAUAUAUAGAAUAUAAAUAGUUUGCCAACGGUGCUCUUAAAUAAUUUGCAUUUUUAUUAGUUAUAGAGGGUUAAAUUAAUAUAUCGAGCUGAUCCAUCUAUCAUUGUUAUUUUGGAUCAUCGUGCUCGAUCAGUCGACAAUGAGCGAUUUGGUAUUAUGCAAUGUGCGUGAUCUCGAGGACUUGGAUAGAUUUAUGCAUAUGAUUAAAUAAAUACAGAACAAAAUAAGAAGAAAGAUAGUUAUCUCUAAGGCUUCCUACAUAAGAAAUCGUAUCUCGUUAUGUUUCUUAGCUAUUAUACUAUAUUUUUUCUUAUUUAAUUAUAACUCUCAGUCAGCUCUUAUCGAAUUGUAAAUGAAAAAGAAACGUUAUGCUAUUCCGACGUCGACAGAGCCUACGAAUAUUUUUGCUCCGAAAAUUAAAUAUAUAUAAAGGAAUGAAAAAAAAAAUAUAUCCCAGUUCCAAGAGAUAUUCGCUGUCGACGAUUAUUAUCUCUUAACGUAGACAUUUAAUAAUCGAUAAAAGAUUAUCGUCCACUUCCACGGAAAUGUAUUAACAAGAUAUAUAUAUACAUAUAUAUAUGUAUGUAUGUAUGUAUGUAUAUAUUUGUGUAUUUAAAAAAAUGCUAUUGUAGUAAAAUUAAGUCCAUAACACAACUAUACGUAUGAUCUGACCAUAACUUGGCAACGCAUAUAGAUAUGUAAAAAAAAAAAGCAGAAAA